UUUGCGGACGUGUUCUCCAAAAAAGUUGCAGAGGUACUACCUCCCCAUCGCCCCUAUGACUGUGCCAUUGAUUUGUUGCCAAAUGCUAAGCUUCCCAAGAGCAGGUUGUACUCCCUGUCACGUCCUGAGACUCAGGCUAUGGCAGAGUACAUUCAGGAGAACUUGGCUAAGGGAUUUAUCAGACCUUCACAGUCUCCAGUUGGGUCGGGGUUCUUCUUCGUGGGUAAAAAGGACGGUUCGUUGCGACCCUGCAUCGACUUCAGGGAAUUGAACCGUAUCACGAUUAAAAACUCAUACCCACUGCCUCUCAUUUCGGUCUUGUUUGACCAGCUUCGUACUGCCACCAUUUUUUCUAAGAUUGACCUACGCGGUGCGUACAAUCUAAUCCGAAUAAGAGAGGGGGAUGAAUGGAAGACUGCCUUUAAUACCCACUCAGGGCAUUAUGAAUAUUUGGUGAUGCCUUUUGGGCUCUGUAAUGCCCCGGCAGUCUUCCAGGAUUUCAUGAAUGAUGUGCUCAGGGAAUAUUUGGAUAGAUUCUUGGUUGUAUACUUAGAUGACAUCCUAAUCUUCUCCCAUUCCCUGGAGGAACAUCGGAAGCAUGUACGCUUAGUCCUCCAGAAACUCAGAGACCACCGGCUACCCCUAGUAAGUAAUUACAGGAACUUUGUGGAUUUUCAUUUUGCCAUUGAAGAGGUGAAUAAUGAUCCUUAUAUUUUACCCAAUGUGACUUUGGGAUAUCACAUAUAUGAUUCCUGCAACCAUUGUAAGAAAGCUGUAAAAAGUGUGAUACAAAUAUUAUCCGGACCGGGUAGAACUGUUCCUAAUUACUCAUGUUCAAGGCAAGGAAAAAUUGCAGGAUUUAUUGGAGAUUUUGUAUCAGAAACAACUUUGCCCAUAGCACAACUACUGAGUGUGUAUGGAUACUCACAGAUCAGCUAUGGAGCUACAGACCCACUGCUACGAGACAGGAAUGUGUUUCCAUAUCUCUUCAGCACCGCAUAUAAUGACCAUGUUUACUUUUCUGUUGUUUUAAAAUUAUUGAAACAUUUUUCAUGGAACUGGAUUGGAAUUGUCACUACUGAUGAUGACAGUGGAAACAGAGAAAGCGGCAUUCUCAGCUCAUUACUUAUGAGUCACGGCAUCUGUAUUGAGUUUACAGCUAAAAUUGAUAUUCAAUACCGUAUACAUGACAUUGGAUAUAAAGGCACAAUGGUUGACAAUAACAUAAACUGGCAGAUCAUUUUAAGAUCUUCAGCCAAUGUCAUUAUUGUCUGUGGAUCAGUAUCUUUGUACUUGGUUGAGACAUUGCAAGUAGCAAAUAAAAAGACUUUAAUCUUUCCCCCUCCCUGGUUCAAUAAUUAUGAAAUGCAGGUACGUUUUAGUAAUAUAUUUAACCGAUCUUUAGGGUUUACACAUUAUUUGGAACCUGAUGAAGAGAACAAUAGUAGAAGAAGACAUUUCGUUAAUCCAUAUAGUAAAAUUGCAAUGAAAGAGUUUACACGGAAUAUCCAUCCAUACAAUUACCCAGAUGACAAGUUCCUUGAAGAUACCUGGAUAAUACGUUUCCACUGUUUGUCACCAAAUGAAAAUAAAAACUCACUGUUUGGAGAGUUAUAUGAUAUUAAACUGCACAAAUGCUCAGGAAAUGAAUCUAUAGCCAAAGCUUUAUCUCACACUGGUUCUCCUAUUGUAUACAAUGCCUUACUGACAAUGUUUCAUGCACUAGAUGAGAUGCUGUUAUCUAAGGAACACCGGGACUCUGAGUACAAAGUGGAACAAAUUGAUUAUAGAAACAAGUUACACCGAUACCUGAGAAAGAUUCAGUAUGAAGUUGGAGAAGAGAAGAGAUUUUACUUUGAUGAAAAAGGAGAAAUGAGUACAGAGUACUUCAUUUAUAUGUGGUUAAGGAAAGGAUGGAGGUUUCCUGAAUAUAUAGGCGUGGGUCACUUCACACCAUGGGAAUUACCAGAUAAACAAUUUUUUAUCGAUUCAACAUUGAUUAUCUGGAAAACUGACACAAACGAGGUACCACGAUCACAAUGUUCUCCAAAUUGCCCUCCUGGUAACCGCAAAAUUAAGAAUAAUAUAAAACCAGUCUGCUGCUAUGAAUGUGUCCCGUGUUCCAAAGGAGAAAUCUCCAAUGUAACUGACAGCGAAAACUGCAUAAAAUGCCUGGAUAUAGAAUGGCCCAAUGACAGACAAGAUCAAUGUGUUUCGAAAGUGGAAGAAUUUCUGGACUAUUCAGAUGCCCUUGCUGUAGCUCUAUCUUCUCUCUCCAUUCUGUUUUGGAUCACUUCUGUUCUAAUAUUAGGGAUUUUUGUGACAUACCAAGAUACACCAAUUGUCAAAGCAAAUAACAGGAACCUGAGCUUCAUCCUUCUUGUCUCCAUAUCCAUGUGUUUUCUCUGCUCGUUUUUGUUUAUUGGGCGUCCUACUGACAGGACCUGCAUGUUCCGACAAAUAGUUUUUGGCAUCAUAUUCUCCAUAGCUGUGUCUUCUGUUUUGGCCAAAACCAUCAUGGUCUGCAUAGCUUUCAAAGCCUUCAAACCUGGAAGCUCCUGGAGGAAGCUGAUUGGAGGCAAACUGUGCUAUUAUAUUGUUUUACUGGCCUCAUCUGUACAAACUAUAAUUAGCAUUUGUUGGUUGUCUAUUUCUCCUCCAUUUGUGGAGCUGGACACAAACUCUUACCAAAGAAAGAUCAUUAUCCAGUGCAAUGAAGGUUCCACUAUUGGCUUUUAUGCUGUUCUGUUUUAUUUAGGGUUUCUUGCAGUGAUAAGUUUUGCUGUAGCAUAUUUAGGCAGAUCAUUACCAGAUCGUUUUAAUGAAGCCAAGUUUAUCACCUUCAGCAUGCUAGUGUUCAGCAGUGUCUGGAUUGCAAUGAUCCCAGCCUAUCUGAGUACCAAAGGAAAAAACAUGGUGGCUGUAGAGAUUUUUUCAAUAUUGACCUCAAGUGCUGGACUGUUAGGCUGUAUAUUUUUCCCAAAAUGUUAUAUUAUUUUACUGAAGCCCCAAAUGAAUGCAAAAAUAGUCAUCUGUAAUCACUAA